UCAACUGGAAGACCUUUAAAACAAUUAAACAUGAACGAAAUUACAAAGGUUAGGGAAUCAUUAGAAAAACAAAAAAUAGAGAAAUAGAAAAAAAACAAAGAAGAUAGGUUUGAUGAGAUACAGGCGUGCUGACAAUCUUUGAACCAUUUGUAGGUUUCGUUCAAUCGAUCGCUCACAGAACAAAAGAAAAACGAAAGAACAAGAAGAACCGAAGGAGUGGCAAGUGUAUGAGGAAGCUGUGUCCCAACAUAGACAAAGACGAUGGUUUGGAGACGGUUCUGGAAGUUCCGAUACCGGAGGAGAUGUUUUCCGGUAUGGGCAAUAACCCUGCUUUGCGGUGUCAGAAUAUGAUGACGUGGAUGAAAGCUCAAACCUCCGAUAAAUGGUCUCAACCGUUGAUCGCUGCUCGUAUCAACGAGCUUCGUUUCCUUCUCUAUCUCGUUGGUUCGCCUCUCAUACCUCUUCAAGUCCAAGUCGGUCACUCCGUUCAUAAGCCUGUCAAAGAUUCUUCCAUCCAAGCUUCCACGGCGAAAUAUAUAGUGCAGCAGUACAUAGCGGCGACGGGAGGACCAGCUGCGUUAAACGCUGUGAACAGUAUGUGUGUGACCGGACAAGUGAAGAUGACAGCGUCGGAGUUUCAUCAAGGAGAUGAAUCUGUCGGUAAUCUUAAGAGUAAUGACGAGAUGGGUGGUUUUGUGUUGUGGCAGAAGGAUCCAGAUCUCUGGUGUUUGGAGCUCGUUGUCUCUGGCUGUAAAGUCAUAUGUGGAAGUAACGGUCGGCUUUCGUGGCGGCAUUCCUCUAACCAACAAACACCGGCUUCUACCGGUACGCCGAGACCUCUCCGUCGGUUUUUACAGGGUUUAGAUCCUCGAUCAACGGCGAAUUUGUUCCUCGACGCGACGUGCAUCGGAGAGAAGAUAAUCAACGGCGAGGAUUGCUUUAUAUUAAAAUUGGAGACAAGUCCGGCGGUUAGAGAGGCUCAGAGCGGUUCGAAUUUCGAGAUCAUUCAUCAUACGAUAUGGGGUUACUUUAGCCAAAGAUCGGGACUGUUGAUUCAGUUCGAGGACUCGCGGCUUCUGAGUAUGGGGACCAAGGAUGGCGACGUUUUCUGGGAGACUAGCGCCGAAUCGGUGAUGGAUGAUUACAGGUACGUGGAUAAUGUGAACAUCGCUCACGGGGGGAUAACGUCAGUUACGGUGUUUCGGUACGGUGAAGCAUCGGCGAAUCACAGGAGACAAAUGACGGAGAAGUGGCGGAUCGAAGAAGUUGAUUUUAACGUUUGGGGUCUCUCGGUGGAUCAUUUUCGUCCUCCGGCCAAUUUGAAGAUUGGAAAAUAAUUUUGUCCUUUAGUUGUAUUUAUCAUUCUUUUGCUCCUAUUUUAUUAUUUUUUCGUUAGUUUUUAAUAUAUCAACUAA